AUGUACCUGAAUGAUGCCUCAUCACCGACAACGGAUAGGAUUAGUAGAAAGAGAAAUAGGCUCUCCUUCGUUUGUCAAGCAUGUAGAAAAGCUAAGACCAAGUGCGACCAGGAGAAACCUCGUUGCGGUAGGUGUACCAAGCAGAACUUGUUUUGCAUUUAUGAUGUAGCCAGACAAGCGGCACCUAGAAACCCCAAUAAAGAUGCUACCAUAGCGAGAUUGAAAAAGGAGAUUCGAUACUGGAGAAAUAAAACCGUGGAUUUGACUCAAGAAAAGAAGGACUUUUAUACUGCUUUGAAAAGGCCUACUGAAGCGCUAGCCAAAAAUACCAGGAAGACAUCUAAAAGCUCUCAGAAGAACAAUUUUCCGAUAAGUCUUUAUAAGACCCAUCCUAGGUUGAUUAUGACCAAAGUGAUGAAAAGAGAAGUCAACCCUUUGUCGGAGAAAUACCUGAUAUUUCAAGAUACUUUCCUCAAGACAUUAAUUGCGUCUGUGCUUUUGAAUUCGUCCAGGAAUUCCAUGAUUCCUGCAUUAAAUGCGGAUAUUAGCAGCUCCAGGACACAACCAUGCGUAAGGAAUAACGUGGUGAAAAUGAGAGAAGUUCUCUUGAGGAACUCAAAAUAUGAGUCACAAAGAAGGUCCAUCAAUGAGUUUACUGAUAGGCUUCUGCAAAAGAAGAACCCUGAAGAGCAGCUUGCGAUAAAUAAAGUAAUCUCUUUACUGUACAGUAACAGAGAAUCAUCAUACCUAGAGGAUACAUGUCCUUCGGAAAAUGAUUACUCUGAUUUGUUAAAAGGCUAUAUCAGUGAAAUCGAGAAGACAGUCCCACCAAAGGCUAUCACGGAACAAUACCUUUCUCAUUUUUUCGAACAUAUUUUCCACUUGAUACCGUUUGCAAGCAAAGAGAUGCUCGAAGAGUCGAUUCAUACAACCGUACGGUACAAUGAAUUCGGUAAAGUACGACUAUCUUUGGGGACAACUCUUUUACGAAAUAAAAUGGAGAAUUUAUGCAUCUUAUUGUUAAUAUUGAGGAUUUCAUAUAUCUCUUUAACAUUUAUAGAAGAUAAGAUUGAAGACUACAGUCCAUAUAUCACUAAAGAGAUGUUGGAACAGUAUCCCAUUCAAAGCGAGACCAUUUUUCUAGCACAGCAGAUACUUGCAUCUGAAAACUGGUGUGCUUGUGCAAAUGAAAAUACCAUUUCAUGCUUGCUUUAUAUUUGGUCGGCAUUUGUUUUCUCUCCCACCGAGGGUGACUUUUUGUUAGAACAACCGUCUGAUAUUAUUAUUAACCUUGUUAUCAUAAUAGGAACAUCCAUUGGAUUGCAUCGUGAUCCAUCUGACUUUCCAGCCUUAAAUCACCCCCAAGUUUCAGACAAAAGGCUACUAAACUUGAGAAGGAUACAGUGGCUAUCAACCAUUUCUAUGGCAUCUUUAGAAUCAAGCUUGAAAGGAAGGCUAUUGGUAUCGCCCCUUUCAAUGAUUGAUCUUUUCAUCAAUGUUCGAGAUCCUAACUGUGUAGAAAUCUAUAAAAAAAGAGUCAAGAAGGAUUUAACAGGUUCAGAAUCAGAUGAGCAGCUACUAGAAAUCCAUGAAAUAUUUUUCCACAGAGCUCAGUUGGCACUGUUCUUGUCCGAUUUGAACAAUAUAACCAUCUCAUAUAGUGGUUCAGUACCAAUGGAUACGCUGGAAAAUUUGCGUAUUAAAGCUAAUGAACUGUUAAGGAACAACUUUCAGUUAAGAAGUGUGGAUAUAAAUAUAUUUGAUGAGGAGAAAACAUUUCAAAAAUUAAGCUUUAAUUCAGUUCUGAACUCAAUAAGUUUAUCGGGUCAAAUUUUGGGGAAAUUAAUGAUGCUAAGGGCGUCAAUAGCGUUGAUGUUAUAUUUUGAGGCACUAGCAAUGGAAAGAAGCGAGUGCCUGCCUUUUUUUUUCAAGUAUUUUUUUCAAUGUUGCGCAGAUACCAUUUCCUUGAUGAAAUUCUUUCUAUUAUAUUUCAAUGGCAGCUAUGAAAAAGUCCUCUCUUCUUUAGUAUGUUUCAUCACUACAAAAGUUAUUCAAUUAGCUGUUCCAACCACAAUGUUUACCCUCUUAGUAAUUAUCAUGAGGGUAGAGUUGGCCAAAAAUAUGCUACUGAUCAAAUGCAACGAAUGUAAUGCCAGAGGGGACAUUAGUAGUCUUCCAAAAAUCAAAGAGAAAAUAAGGUCCUUGGAUAUUAUCAAGGAUAAUUUUGAAAGACUUUUAUUAGAAGUAUAUCUACUUGCGUCCCAGAAUCUGAGAUUCAAAUACUUUUAUAUUUUCAAAAUGUUAACUUUGUUUGACGUAUUCAUUCAAAGAUUAAGAAAGGGCCAAUUAUUUUCGGGUCUGUUUGUCAAAGUGAACAAGGACUCAACCACCAAGAAAAUCGCCACAAUGCUAGAGUUGACACUUGGUAUCAACCUGGACAAGUCUGAUCAUUUAAUUGAUAGAUUAAAAGGUAAAAAUCUUACGGUUAACUUUACGCUUGACCAACUAAGCGAAAUUCUAAGCGAGUUUGAUAAGAUAAGUGAAAUUAGUACUACUGAUUCGCAUAAUUCUAUGAAUUCAUCAAAGCCAAAUAUGAAGGAUAAUACUCCCACAAUAGAACUUUUGCUCAAUUCAACUAUGGACAAGAAUAGCGAUGUAGCGCCGUUAAACUGUUUAGAUAAGGCCACUAAUUUAGGUGGUUCUCCUUCAAUCUCUAUCUUGGCUCGCAAUGGCAGUAACCAAAAUGAUGGCGAAAAAGUGCCCCCACCGGCCCAUCCGAGUGAAGGAAGUUUUGCCGCUCCUAUCUUAAACUUUAUGCCUGCAAAUAAUAACUAUAGCAACAGCAGCGCCAACAAAGGUAGCAAUGACAAUGUCAAGUUGCCAAGCAAUUUCAAGAGCUACUACGACCCGCCGAUGUCUUCUUUGGAUGUAUCCAUGGACGUCCCGGACAUUUUUGGCAGUCUUGAUUUCUUCGAUUAUGACCUUCUCUUCCAGAAUGAUUAG